AUGAGUUGGAAUCUGCUGGAGCGCUUCCUCGAGUCGGAUCACUUCAACCACGAUCCGUCGCUGACAGUCGCCUACCUUUCACGAUAUGCAGAUCACGUCGGCAUCCACUAUGUUCUCUGUAACAAGCUACGGCACUUCGCAUACGAGGAGAUCGAGUUCUUCCUCCCGCAGCUAUGUCACCUCCUCAUCAGCGUCGACAACGAGUCGAUGGCCCUGGAAGAAUUCAUAAUAGAUCUAUGCGAGGAGUCGGUCAACGGCGCACUGCUGACAUUCUGGCUCUUCCAAACCUACCUCCACGAUCUCGCCGGAGCCCCGAAUUCGCACGCAUUCAGAACAUGCCGACGGAUAUACAAUAAGGUCCAGCGCAUUGUCUUCGGCUCAGCCGAGCCCCAACGGCGUGAGAAAGUCAAGGAAAACGUCCUGCCUGUCACCGUCCUGUCCAGCCUGGUGCUCGCCAGUAUAGCUGCACCUUUUCUGCCCAAACAUGCUGGGCCACUUGCUAUCGCCCAGGCGCGCAAGCCGCGACCACUUGACGAUAUGAUAUCUGAUAACGUACAAACAGCCAAGGUGGGCAGGAGCAACACAGUGGCCGGAACUCCGCGAACAAGGCGGCCGCGAGCAACUGGCGGGCAUUCGGAUCCUGAAGACGGAAGAACAUCCAAACUCCCCAUACCCUCCAUACCAAUGAUAAAGGAUGAGGAUGACUCCAAAGAAUUACGGAAGAAGGCUGCAAGACCUCAUCGUCUGGAUCGCAUCGCUUCCGCACAUCAACGACCCAGUCUCCUGUCUGUGAGCGCAGAAGCUCGUCUCAGCUCGUCAUCGCUCCCUGAUUUCCGCAAUAGUGCAACAUCCCCACUACCAACGCCUCCUCCGACUGCUGGCUUAGGCACCAGACCUGACCAUCACCGUUCCAGCAGGCACCUGCCAAGACCGCUUACCCCGACGGCAUUGUCCCGCUCGCAAAAGCGCAGACUCCUUCGAUCGAACUACUUCCGGCUCGAAUCACAAUUUCUAAGUGCUUUAGAGGACAUAUCGAAUAGGCUGGUUGUUGUGCCUAAACAGGCCCGUCUGAGUGCGCUUAGGGCUGAACUCGCGCUCAUGGACCAGGAUCUUCCCGCCGAAAUCGACAUCCCUGUCAUCGCGCCCGCCAGUUUGAGAGAUGGGAUAGCUUCACAGAGUCAGCAUCACCGCAUCGUAAGGAUAAAUCCGGCGGAAGCGACCAGUUUGAACAGUGCGGAACGAGUGCCUUACCUGCUCAUGGUUGAAGUAUUGAAGGACGACUUCAACUUCGAUCCUGAUUCCGAACAGAACCAACAGGUCUUAGAAAGAUUGUUGCUGGAGAAGGGUACUUCAAAACGGCGGCUUUUUGACAUCACACAUGCCGAACAUCUGGUACACGACAGACCGGUGGCGAACGGUUCGGACAGCGUGUUCGAACCUGCAAAUGGCGAUCUCAGUAGCACCUCGCUUAUUAACGAGCCUGAGACGGGAGACAUCACGUCCGGUCCUGGGAAGGUAACACUUCCAAGCGCUGCCAUUACGGUUGUGAACGGUAAGGCAACGGCGCCUAGAUCAUCUAGUGGUGCGAACACGCUCUCUUCGAUCGCAACGCUGUCGACACCGCGAACAUCGGUUACGGAAUUAAGCAGAUCAAGUAGCCCCAUUCCUCGCCGAAUGACAAUGCCGGCCACGCGCGGAACCAUGAGCGCGGAUCAACCGGACAUCUCUGCCCUUGCUACGCACAUGCGAACAGCAGCCCAGAUGUUAGCUCAGCUAGAGCAAAGUGGUUCAAAACGUCCCAAGGCUGAGGUAGCAGCUAUCAAGGCCAAAAUCAUCGCGAGCAUGCAGACACUUGAAGAGCAGAAUUUUCUAACAGAGGAAACGGGCCCUACUUUUGAUAACAUACUGGCUGAGGCAGACCCAACUUCGAUUACGGCGGAGCCUGAAAACCUCGAAGAAGGCUUGGUAGCAGCAACCAAUUUGGGAGCGGGCGCAGCGCGUAUGGAGAACGACUUGAAGACGGGAGGCGUAAAAAGACAGGGUGAUCGCGAUGACCCCAGCGCAGCUACGUUUGGCGAGGAAUGGAGUGCUAAGAAGGAGCGCAUACGGCGGUCGUCACCAUACGGUCACAUGAAGAACUGGGACUUGGUCAGCGUCAUCGUAAAGACUGGAGCUGAUCUUCGCCAAGAGGCUUUUGCCUGCCAACUUAUCGAAGUGUGCGCAAAAAUUUGGGAAGAGUUGAAUGUCCCUGUCUGGACUAAGAGAAUGCGCAUAUUGGUCACUGGCGAGUCCUCUGGCUUGAUCGAAACCAUAACAAACGGUGUCUCCCUGCAUUCACUGAAGCGCAGUUUGACUUUAGCGAGCAUUGCUGCCGGUACCAAUCCCAAGAAGCGCAUUGCCACGCUCAAAGACCACUUCACAAAGACUUUUGGCGACCCGGACUCAGAGCCAUAUAAGGCAGGUAUUGAUGCUUUUGCUCGAUCCCUCGCCGCUUACAGCAUGAUUUCUUAUGUUCUUCAGCUCAAGGACCGUCACAACGGCAAUCUCCUUAUUGACAACAUGGGCCACAUUAUCCACAUCGACUUCGGCUUUAUGUUGUCUAACUCACCAGGCAGUAUGGGCUUUGAGGCUGCUCCAUUCAAGCUAACCCAAGAAUACGUUGAUGUACUUGGAGGUUUGACUGCACCCGCUUUUGAGGAUUUCAAGACGCUAUGUAAGAAGUCGUUCCAGGCUUUGCGGAAAGAGGCGGAGAGGCUGAUCAUGUUGGUUGAUAUGAUGGGUAAACAGAGCAAGAUGCCGUGUUUUGCUGCCGGCUCAGCCGGUGUUACAAAUUCUCUUCGCGCACGCAUGAUGUUGCAUCUCAGCAAGGAAGAAGCGGAGGUGUUCGUCGAAGAGUUGAUCACCAAGAGUGUGGGGAGUUAUUAUACCCGACUUUACGACACCUUUCAAUACCGCACGCAAGGCAUAUAUUGA